GAGAAUAAAAGAUUACUCUAUUGCUUUGAAUAAAAGAUCGUUUACGCGGAACAAUCAAUAUAUUCGUGACACGUGCAUGUGGAAUUGCAAAACGUGACAGCCAAUGUUAAAUCGAUACCUUCAUAGCAACUACGACGGCACUCUUGGUUAAUACAUGCUCACCCGUUUCUGCUCGUGACACUUGCGAUUUUCCUCCGUAAUUCUCGCUAAAGUUAGAAACUGGCUCAAGACAAGAAUGGUGAAAAUCACGCUCGAAUUAAUACGGAAACGCUCGGAGCACAAUGAGGGUGAAAUUUCAACAUUGGAAGAAAUUGCUUUGCACCAGGAGAAUAUCGAUAAAAUUCAGCUGAUAGACAGACACUGCAGGAAUCUCAAGAUUCUACUAUUGCAGAACAAUCUUAUAUCGAAGAUAGAGAAUCUGAAUAUGUUGAAGAGGCUGGAAUAUUUGAACCUGGCCCUCAAUAAUAUCGAGGUUAUAGAGAACUUGGAGGGCUUAGAAAGUUUAAAGAAAUUAGAUCUCACCAUCAAUUUUAUUGGAAAUUUGCAAAGUGUAAAAAGUCUCAGGUGCAAUGAAAAUUUGGAGCAUCUAAUUCUAAUGGGAAAUCCAUGCACAGAUUACGAAUAUUACAGGCAAUAUGUCGUGGCGACUUUACCACAAUUAAAAGAGCUCGACAUGCAAGAGAUUAAAAGAUCGGAACGUAUCAAGGCGUUACAAAUCUAUUCACGAGCGCGAGAUGACAUUAUCGAGAGCUAUCGGAAUUAUGAGAAGACUAGGAUAUCUCAACGCGCUCGUCGCAAUGCUGCAUGUAAAACAUUUAAUCAAAUGGACACUACAGAGAACCAAGUGGAAGAUACAAAAAACGAGCAAAGCGAGAAAACAGAGCAAGAUAACGAGUCAGAGGAUGAACGUUUCUGGAAACAGCCUAGUUAUCAUACACCGGAAGAUAGAGUCAUCAUUGCUGAGCGAUUCAUGAAGAAACAAGAAAUAAAAAAUCAUAAUUCGGAUAAGAACAAUCAUUCAAAACGUGUACUGAAGCUAUUCGCUCCAGACGGAAGAGCGUACAACAUAAAUCAGGCGAAGCUGCCAUUCAGACUAAACGAUGAAGACGAUCCCAAUUUUGUUGUUCUCGAAGUCUCCGUGUACAGGCAUUUGGACACUUCUUACGUCGACGUCGACGUGAACCCGACUUAUGUGCGAGUCACUGUAAAAGGAAAGAUUCUGCAGUUGACCCUGCCUUGCGAGGUAUCGGUUGAGAGAAGUAACGUUCAACGGAAUAUGACCACCGGAAGUUUAGUAAUCACCAUGGCCCGUUUGACUCCGUGCACAAUGAUCGCGAGGAAAGACGAAUCAACAAGGAAACAAAAAACCAACAAACGCGAAGCAAAAGUGAUAACAGUUCGACAACCGGUGACCUCCCGACGAGCUCUCCUUGAGAUCGGCCCGCCCACAGACAUUCGAGAUUUUCUGAAAAUAACUGAAGAUUCCGCGAAACGAAUUCAGAAGAAAGGGAAGAAGGACCUCGAAAAUUUCGAAGACAAUCCGGCCGUGCCGCCUCUCGAAUAAACGGAUGAAAAGAAACUGGACGAUUAUGAAUUUAACGAUGAUCUCGCAAAUUGGUCAACGCGUUUUGUUUCACA